AUGCCUAUCUUUUGUUAUGGCAUUCUCCUGGUGGGAUGUAUAGCCAUUGCCAUUAUUGUUUACACUUUAGUAAUGUUCGGAUGGUGCGGUUUCAACUCCGGGCUGCCUCCUCCGAGAACUUCAGGUUCAGCCGCGGCGGAAGGGGAGGAACAGAAGAGCCUGGGCAUUCAGAGUCCGUAUAUAGCUUCUUCAUUCAGGUACAGUAAAGGGAUUCUGGAGACUCCUGAAGCUGCGGGGUCAAAAGAACCAGCUGAAGAUGAAUGUGUUGUGUGCUUGACAGGUUUUGCGGAAGGGGAAUUUGUUUGCCAGCUUCCUCGUUGCAGGCACUCGUUUCACUCCCCUUGUAUUGAUAUGUGGCUCUACUCUCAUUCCGAUUGCCCUCUGUGUCGUGCUUCGGUCGAUCGAGUCGAUUCCAGGAGGAACUCAUUAUCAUUUACAGAAGAAAGUUCUAGGGAGGUCUUGCUGAAUAUUGGCUUCUUGCCUUGA